AAAACCGGGGUAUCAGUUGUAUCAACUGGUAAGCAUAAAAAAACCGUUCAUGAUUCCUACACAUCUUCUCUUUCAUUGCUUUAAUUUCGCAUUUCUUAAUUAUCCUAUUGUUCAGCAGAGUUUCUCACUGGAUAAAUGGACUGGAAAGAAAUGCUACUUUUUAGGUGCAAGGGAUCUCAAUAUUGCAUGGGGUGAUACACCAGAACAUUGGACAUGGACUUGUCUACCUAAGUCCAGGUUUCCAGAGGUGGCUAAGCUCGAAUGGGUUUAUUGGCUUGAAAUUUGGGGCACAAUAAGAGCUGGGAGUCUGUCACCAUUUACAUCCUACGUAGCUUACCUUGUUUACGCGUUGGAAAACGAAUAUGCAUAUGGGUUUGAUUAUCGACCCUCAGAGGUUUCCGUUGGAAUUCCUGCCGUUGAAUCUGAAACCCGUUUUGCUUUUCUGGAUCCAAAUGUUGAGACUGAGUGUGAAUAUGGAGAAGAAGAAGAGCGGAUCCAAAGAGAGUCUGAUCUUCAAUACGAGGAGCUCGGGCUCGUGCCAUAUUGGCGUAAUGAUCCUAAUCUCACCUUUUCUGAUAUUCAACAUCCUAAACGUAGAGAUGAUGGCUGGUUUGAGAUAGAAUUGGGUGAGUUUUAUACUGAAAAUGAAGAUGAUUGCAUAGAAUUGCGUAUGCAUGAGGUGAAGGCGGGAAAUGGAAAGCGAGGGCUUAUAGUUGAAGGAAUUGAGAUAAGGCCUAGAAUUCGUUAAUCAUCACAAAUUUAGAAGAUAUAUAUUCUUGCCAUACACAUACAUCUACUCUGAAUAAAACAUGUAGCGUUUGGAGAAUAUAUAUUACUCCAUUUUCAUGUAUGCUUUGUUGCAUGGUAACUGCAUUCUUGUUUUAAACCCAGUGUUGUGGCUGUAUUUGCACUCCUUUGUUUCAAGAGUAUCUGUUUGGGAUGAUACAUACAUAUGCUGUGGUAGUUUAUUCAUUUUUGAUUUCAGUGUUAA